GUCAGAACAGGAAGUUACAUGUUGCCGUAGUUAACCUGGCUUUACGGAGCGACUGAGAUUACCAUUUUAGCUAGUACCGUUCAUCGACUAUUCCUUUCUCACGAAACACGGGAAUAUGAACGGGAGAGUGUGCCGUUUAAACAGUCCGGGAAACCGGUUUGCAAUCUGCGGAAUCUACAAUGUCAGGAACUAACGCUGCUGUCGGGCUCAGAACGGUUCGGCACACAGAUGUUAGCCGCUGGGGAGAGGGAGCCCGUUAAUCCGGUGUCAUAGUCUGGCGGCGCUGGCCCUGUGGAUGCUUUAUUAGACUGCUGGGUGGAAACGCUGCGGCCGCACCAUGAGCAGUAUGAAGGACAAAGCCACGGUCCGCCAGCAGAGCUCGGAGAAUAACUCUGUCAGCAGUAGUGAAUGGGAUAUGGCCAAUGAUGUGUUUGUGUCCGGCUACGACGACAGUCCGAUGGGAGAUAGUGGCGCCGCUGGGGACGGGGACCCGGCGCAGCCCGGCUUGGACAGACACCUGCCGCUGUUACGGGGGGACUCGCGCCGCUUAUCUCAGGAUGGCAUGAUGCUGGGCCUGGCUGGGGAGGAAUAUACGGGCUCACCGUAUCUUUCCAUCGAGCCAAACUACACCGAAAGUGACGGGAAUGUCACGACCAAGAAGCGCAUACGGUCCAACAGCUCCAGGCACCGCGGUGAGGUCGUCACGGAGCUGGGACCAGAGGAGGUCCGCUGGUUUUACAAAGAGGACAAGCGGACGUGGAAACCAUUCGUCGGACACGACUCUUUAAAGAUCGAGAUCGUCUAUCGGAGAUUCUGUGAGCAGAACCCUGACAAGGUCAAACACCCGGUGGAUCCCGCCGAGGCCGAGGGGAGGGAGGCGGCCAGGUCCGGCGAGAUCCAGCCGGAGAGCGCGGCGCUGGACAGUGGAAGCGCCCGGGCGGAGUCCGCGGUGCAGCGGGGCGGAGGGCAGCGGCGCUCGGUGUCAGAGGACACGAAGGAGCCGGACGACAUCAGCGCCAGCGUGGAGGCAGUGUGUGUCAGAGGGGGGCUCUAUGAAGUGGACAUCAGGGAGAAGGAGUGCUACCCUGUUUACUGGAACCAGCAAGACCGUAUUCCUGUGAUGAGGGGUCAGUGGUUCAUUGACGGAACGUGGCUUCCCCUGGAGGAGGACGAGAGUGACCUCAUCGAAAUGGAGCACCUCGCCUGUUUCCGGGGGCAACAGAUGAGGGACACCUAUGAGAUGGAGGUCGUGACCACCACAGUGGACAGCAAGGAUGCCAUCCACAGUCUGAAGCUGAGCAGGACUCAUGUGGACUGGCACAGUGUGGACGAGGUGUACCUGUACAGCGACGCCACCACCUCCAAGAUCGCACGCACCGUCACUCAGAAACUGGGCUUCUCUAAAGCCUCCAGCAGCGGGACACGUCUCCAUCGGGGAUACGUGGAGGAGGCAGCGCCUGAGGACACCCCACCUGAAACCACGCACAUCGUCUUUGUGGUGCAUGGCAUCGGCCAGAAGAUGGACCAGGGCCGCAUCAUCAGGAACACCAGCAUGAUGAGAGACGCAGCCAGAAAGAUGGAGGAGAAGCAUUUCUCUGAUCGCACCACAGAGCAUGUGGAGUUCCUUCCUGUGGAGUGGAGGUCGAAACUGGCUCUGGAUGGAGACACAGUGGACUCCAUCACCCCAGACAAAGUGCGAGGUCUCAGAGACAUGCUGAACAGCAGCGCCAUGGACAUCAUGUACUACACCAGCCCUCUGUACAGAGACGAGAUUACCAGGGGUUUGACUCUGGAGCUGAAUCGUCUGUACUCACUCUUCUGCUCGCGGAAUCCAGACUUUGAGAAAAACGGGAAGGUGUCCAUAGUGUCACACUCGCUGGGCUGCGUCAUCACCUUCGACAUCAUGACAGGCUGGGACCCCGUGCGCUUUCAUCAUCAGGAGGCACCAGACCCGGAGGAGACAAAGGUCCGCUGGCCGAGUGACGAGGAGCGCCACCUUCAGGAGCAGCUGAGACUCACACGCCUCAGGUUGAGGGACUUGGAGGAUCAGUUCCAGGGUCUGCAGACCUCGUCUUGUGUUGCAGUUCCAGCCUUGAAAUUCAAGGUAGAAAAUUUCUUCUGCAUGGGCUCACCUCUGGCAGUUUUCUUGGCGUUGCGAGGGAUCCGACCUGGAAGCAACGGUGUGCAGGACCACAUCCUCCCCACAUCUAUCUGCAAACGGCUCUUCAACAUAUUCCAUCCCACAGACCCCGUGGCAUACAGACUGGAGCCUCUUAUCUUAAAGCACUACAGUAACAUUGCACCUGUUCAAAUCCACUGGUAUAACACCACCAGCCCGACACCGUACGAUCAGAUCCGGCCCACUCUGCUCAACCUACCGAAGGAUACCGCCUCUGUCUCAGACUCAGAGAGCAUCCCCAGCCCCUGCACCUCCCCGCCACAGGCACGACGGCACUACGGAGAGUCCAUCACCAGCCUGGGCAAGGCCAGCAUCAUGGGUGCUGCGAGUCUUGGAAAGGGAAUUGGAGGAAUCCUGUUUUCCCGCUUUUCCCGUUCCAGUGGCCAGGUGGGCGGAGCGGAGGAGGAGCCGUCAGAUUCUGAAGGUGGAGUCUCUGAAGUGGAAAACGUGGCAUCAGGAGAGGAAGGAGCAACUGUGGCAGAGAGCGAAGAGAAGGACAAACAAAUAGAGGAGGAGAGGAGGGAGGUGGAGCCUGCCAUGUCCCAGUCCACCUCAGCCGUCAUGGACAGCACCUCGUUGGAACUGGAGAGACGCAUCGACUUUGAGCUGCGGGAGGGCUUGGUGGAGAGCCGCUAUUGGUCAGCCGUGACUUCACACACGGCCUAUUGGUGCUCUUAUGAUGUGGCUCUGUUCCUCCUUACCUUCAUGUACAGACCACAAGAGCCACCCGAACCUGCAGAAGACGUCCCAGACACCUCGUAACAUAAGUGCAAACUGACACAUGGAGCCAUCACGGCUGGGGUCACUUCACUUUCUAUUCACGCCUUUUGAAAUACAAACUGAAAUCCCAAAUUAUGGAACAUAAUGAAAGAGACUUAAUCUUCUAAUGUCUUAAUUCAGAUAACAAUUCUCUGCUUCACACAAUUUUGGAAACGUGAAAUAUUGGAAGACAUUCUUAUUUUAAAUAGUUUAUAUUUUGUUUGAUCAAAUAAUGAUUGAUGCAACUUAAUUACUUGUUACUAUUAGUUUAUUUGAUUGGAAGAAGGUUUGAAAAACACGACUUAGUGUCUAAAGCCCUGCUAGCGACCUGGAGUCUGCAUUGUUCAUUAACCCCACAACACUGUUAAUGUUUUCAAACUUAUGAAAAUAGUAUUUUUUUAUUUGAAUUUGUCACACAAAUGGCAAAUAAAAUUUCAGUUUGAUUGAAAGAUUUCAUUUUGAAAUUGUCGGUCCUUGACUUCCAUAUGCGCUAGCAGAGCAAACUAAAAUGCCUGUUAUAACUGAAUGAACUGAAAAUGAAUUGACCCAACACAGAUAGGCGCACACAAGUCUGUUUUCCACAUGACAUCUAAAUUCCUCCCAGUUUACGCACUCAAACCUCGCUGUGACCUUUGCCCCAGACUGAGUGGACAUACACUGGACCCAGACCCAGACCCAGCCCUCAGUUAGGUGCUUAUGCUCAAACCCUGCCCUCUGUUUCCUGGUCUUCUCUUAACAACAACAGCUAUUUCCUGUGUGAAGCACCCCACUGGGUUCGGCAGCGACAUCCUGCUGAAGGUUACUUGACUGACCACGAAGCUCUGUUGGUCCGUGACUGUCGAUGUGCUGUUGAAACUGUAGCCAUCGAGAAAGCCCCAGUGCUUGUUCCAGGUCUAACCAGGUCUAACCAUGAGAAAUAUGUUCAAUAAUUUCUCAGAAUCUUGUGAGUUCUCAGAUGAAAACAUACAAACCACAAAUAAUCAUGGUAGGUCAUAUUAUAGAGAAGGCUAAAGGGCAUUCUUUUCCAAUGCAAUGCACUACAUAGACACUGAAUCUUAAAACCUGAAUACUUUACAGAUAAUUAGAAACAGUCAGUAUCUGAGUUAAAGCAGCAUUAAGGGAUUUUUGACCACUGACGGGCAGAAAGACUCCAGAGCAAACUCCCUGCAAUAGAGCCUUGCUUUCAAUCCAAAACACACACAACGAGUCCAAGAACAUACGCUGGGAACAAAGGCCGGGACGCUUGACACCAGGUACAAAGACGAGUUUGAGUACAAACGCUCAGGUAGGGGAGACAACGAGACACAGGUGAAACCAAUAAGGGCAAGCAAUCAAAGACAGGAAGCAAAACUACAAGAUACAUAAGGGAGGAUAUUUCAAAAUAAAACAGGAAACAUUGAUAGAAAACAUGAAACUGAGGAAAACCAAAAGUAAGAGGCAGAUGCUCGAAGUACACGCAGUCCCCAUUUUGAAUUAUUCCAAUGCCGCUCGAAAAGAUUUCUACCUUCAGGGUGUCCAGGGAAGACAUCUUUUUAGGGCAAACUGUGCUCACUCAGUGCAUUUACAUGCACUGAAGUAACCAGGUUGCAUUCGGUUUUCUUUUUGAUAUUUCUAUUAUAUUAAAUGUCAUGUAAACCAGAAACGUGGUGUUCUGUAAUCAGAGAAUAUGGGAGGCCAAACAAUUCAAUAGCCUGGUCAAGAUAGACACCAGCUAUCCAGCUGCCCUGCGCUAAGCGUACAGCUCUCCCAUCGGACGUAGCGUGCGACCCAACUGGGCAGCGCAGCGCUGUCCAGUUGGACGUAGCGCACCUUUGUUCCCACACACAUAUGGAUAUGUUGAAAAAUAAUAUCACAUAUCUUAGCAACACAUCUUUGAUAUAUGUUUUGUACAUUUUGUGUGCAGGAGUGGAAACAAGUAACUAAGUACUUUUGCUACUGUUAAGUACUUGCAUCAUUAGUAUAUCCUACUUUUUUGUUUUUAUAUUUUCACUCCACAACAUUUCAAAGCCAAUAUCCUACUUUUAUACUCCACCGCAUUUACCUAUAACUCUUACUACUUACCUUUGAGAAACGUUUGCAUACAAAACAUGCAAUCUUUGCAUGUAAGGGACUGACCCAGAGUAAAGAGGAAUCCAUCAGGUUAACCACAACUGGAACACAAACCUUGUUAUCUUAACAUGUAGAGGUUAAUGCAUCAAUGAUGGAAUGCUUCUACCUUAAUAUAAGGACAUGAUGUUGAAAAGUGCAAUGUGACCUGAAGAAAACAUCUGAAUAUGUAAUCGCAGGCAAAUAUUCCAGGAUCUCACUAAUAGAUUAUAGGUUAGAGUUAACCUUCAUACAGGUUAGUUUGGGAUUGCAGUUCACUAGUAGCUAGCAAAGUUACUAGUUAAUGCAAAAAGGUAAUCUGAUUACUGUAACUUGUUACUUGGUACCUAGUUACCCCCAGCACCGUGGAUAACGAUCAAUCUGUUCAAGUGAGUGAAGUUGUGUGCAGUCUGAGCUAUCCAGCUGGGUAGCGUGCGAUGUAGAAAUGGUCCGUGCGCGCAACCCAUCCGAAUGAAUCGUGCAGCUGUACAAUUGGACAGCGCAUGAUUUCCUCUGGUUGGCGCAGCUGGACUGGAUAGCGCAGGACAGCUGGAUAGGUGGUGUCUGUCUUUGCCAGGCUAUUGAAUUGUUUGGCCUCGUAACUGGCUUUCUAACCGGCUUUUUAGAGACUUCAGACAAGAAAACUGGAUGAGAGUUCAAGUAGCAAUGCAUCCUUUUAUUUAAAAUAAUUCAUUGUGAAGCACUUUGAGUAGUCGCAAGACUAGAAAGGCGCUAUACAAGUAAAGUCCAUUUACCAAUGAAACUGAAACUAACAAAAAGGGCUCUAUUUUCAUGAACCAACAGUGCGGCGCGACUCUCAGUCAAGUCCCCUGCCCAGUAUGUACAUAUAUGCCAAACACGCUCAUCUGGCGCACUUGGAUAUGGGGUGGGACCAGAAAGAAUCCAUUAUCAUACAUUAUAGGUGGGUGUGUUAGAGGCUAUGACAAUUAUGGCCAGUCACAUUCACUACUCUCAUCCUGUGUAAACACAGGGCUCUCCCCGUCAUAACACACUGACAGUUGGAAUCCUGUGGAGAGUUUUCCUCAGAGGAAACGUAUUGCUUCACAAAUGAAUACAGCAGCUCAAAUAAUCAGCCACGAGCAGAUGGUGUCUCUUUCAAAGUUUAAUUCAUUUUUCUGGACAUGUUGAAGAUCUGAUGGUCAACAAGUUUUCUGUGCUUAACAGAGCGCAAUUUCAUUUGUCAUCACAGUGAUUCACAAAAUAAUCAUCUGCAGUUAAGUCUGGUGCUUGUUGCACAAAAUCUAACCAGCAGAUCUGCUGUGAGUAAUAGAGGCUUGAUAGUGCACAUCACUCCAAUUAGAGACCGCAGAUGGAACAGAUACCCGCCACCUUCAGAUAGCUGUAAAGAGAGUCUGCAGUGUAGGGCUGUCACCAUAUCAGAUUUUCCCUACACGAUUAUCGUGGCCAAAAGAAUUUACGACAACAAUAUUAUUGCGAUAUUUAUGGAAAAUUUUAAAUACAAGUUAGCUAGCUAAAAACUACCUAAAAUCUAGCUAGUUACAGUCUUCUUCUCUUUUAUGUUUAUGGCAGGUGGCAACCAGCGUUAAGCUGCAUUACUGCCACCUACUGUGACAAAGCGAGAAAGAAACAAAUGAUUCAAGAGGCGCUGGAUUAUUUACAUUAUAUUAUCGUAUGUGUAUUAAUGUACUUUGUAUUUAAACGCGUUUACCUGCGUAGCCUAACCUGGUUUCUCUGAGUAACUCGGUUAAUUGAGUGCAUGUAAACAUAAUGAGUAGUGCUUCAUGUUGUGGCUAUAUGAGCAGACCAGGACUUCCCAGAAUUAGCAUUAUAAGCUACAAGACCAUUGCAGCUUUGCUUCUGUAGGAGUCGCUUUAGAAAGGGAGCACUUCAUGGCCAGUAUGGACAGGAGGAAUUAUUACAGCAAAACAAUCACAACCUAUCCUUUAAUAUGAAAAAAUCUCUUAAUGGAGACUGCUUUAACUCUAUUCUCAUAUCAGCCCAUGUGUGGUAUCGUCAUGUUUACCUCGACCGAACUGUUGAAGUACAUAACACUGACGUUUAGGUGAUAAAAAAUUGGUGGCCAAAUAUUUGUGAGUUGCCAACAGACUAGUUGUUCUUGUAGCUGUUACUGCUCUUACUUAUUGCAAGAUGAUGGCAUGAUGCUGACUGUAAUCUCAGUCCACACUACUACUACUACUACACUAAAAUAGCAUACUGCACAUUAUUUGACAUUUUACUGAACUUUGUACUGAGGCAACUUGCCAAAUUAUCAGUCAUGUGUCAGACCAGUCAAACAGUGGGAACCAAAUAGUUCAAUAAAGCAACAGUUUCAAAGUA